AUGGAGAGUUUCAUCGGUGGGUCGUCGUCAUCAAGAGCGAUUCAUGUAUAUCUAAGUUUCAAAGGAGAUGAUGAAACCUGCAGAUUCACAGAUAUGCUUUGGGCUUCUCUUGAAAGUAAUGAUUUGAAUGCCUUUUGGGAUGACAAGAAGCUUGACCCAUGUGAUUCCAUCUUUCUUCCACGUUCCUUUCUCAAAGCUAUUCAGCAAUCCAACAUUUCCAUUGUUGUCUUCUCCAAAACUAUGCUUCUUCUAUAUGAUCCAUCUGAGGUACAAAACCAGAGUAAUUCUUUUGAAACAACUUUCGAUGAACAUGAAAAAAGGCCAGGGCAACAAGUUAUUGAUGACAUCAUUAUAGCGGUCAAGAGAAAAAUGCGUGAAUUGGUCUGCACCAAUAUCGAUGAAGAUCUAGUAGGUAUGCAGUCUCGAGUGAAAGAAGUAGAAGAGCUUCUUGACUUGGGUAAUUCAAGUGAUGAAAUUCAAGUUGUGGGCAUUUGUGGUAUGGGUGGGGUAGGCAAGACAAUCCUUGCAAGAAUUCUAUAUGAUAGGGUCUCUCACCAUUUUGAUGCGUCUUAUUUUGUACUUAAUGGAUUUGAAUUUUAUAUGACCACAGGGCUAAAACAUCAUAAGAGAACUCUCAUAGUUCUCGAUUGUUCUGACACUUUUAAGAUUCUAGGACAACUGCUCUAUACUAUAAAAUAUAAGCAAUUGGGUGGAGGGAGUAGAAUCAUCAUAACCACCAGAGAUGAAGAAAUGUUUAGAAAGUUUGAGAAGUGUGAUAUUUACAGGGUUAAACCAUUGACCAGAGACGAAGCUCUUCAAUUAUUUUGUAGAAAAGCUUUCAAAUGUGAAUGUUCGGUGAGAGGUUAUGAGGAGCAAAUAGAUAGUGUACUCAAGUAUGCUAAUGGCCUUCCAUUAGCAAUUGUUGAAUUGGGCUCAUUUUUAUAUAAUAGAAGACCCUCAGAAUGGAGCAAUGCCAUGGUUGAAUUCAAAAGGGUCUCUAACUCUGAUGUAAUGAAGGUGCUCCAAAAACGUUUUGAUGAACUGGGCUUCAAUUGCAUGUAA